AUGACGUGGACCACGUCGAAGCUGACUCUGCUCGCGACGAUCUUGCUCGCCGUCCUGCUGCUCCUGCCCUCCGCUGCGGCCGCCGUAGCCAAGGCCAUCGACGCCAGCAAGACCCAGCGCCUGGAGCUGCCGGACACGCUGGCGAUCGGCCCCGAGAGCGUGGCCUUCGACGGCCACGGCGCCGGACCCUACGUCAGCGUCUCGGACGGCCGCAUCCUCAAGUACGGCGGCGAGGGUGCCGGGUGGACGACUUUCGCGUACAGUCCGAGCUACACCAAAAACAACUGCGACGCGUUCUCUGACCUCCCGCCGGUCGCCACGGAGAGCUCGUGCGGCCGACCGCUCGGCUUGAGGUUUCAUGUCGACUCCGGAAACCUCUACAUUGCCGACGCGUAUAUGGGUCUGAUGCGCGUCGGGCCAAACGGCGGGGAGGCGACGGUGCUGGCAACGGAGGCCGGCGGUGCGCCGCUGCGCUUCACGAACGGUGUGGACAUCGACCAGGUCACCGGUGAUGUCUAUUUCACUGACAGUAGCACGACGUAUACACGAGCGCAGCAUCAGAUGGUCACCAGGACAGGAGACUCGACCGGACGCAUCAUGAAAUACGACCCACGGACUGAUCAAGUUACUGUGCUCCAGUCCGGCGUAACGUACCCUAACGGAAUCGCCAUCAGUGCCGACAGGACUCACCUUAUCGUCGCGCUUACUGGACCGUGCAAACUAAUGAGAUACUGGAUCCGAGGGCCCAAGGCCAACACGUCCGAGCCGUUUGCUGACCUGCCGGGAUACCCGGACAAUGUGAGACCUGACGGGAAGGGAGGAUUCUGGGUGGCGCUGCAUCGAGAGAAGUACGAGCUUCCAUUUGGUUUGGACAGACAUUUACUGGCCAUUAGGAUCGGCGCUAAUGGUGAAAAGUUACAAGAGAUGAACGGACACAAGAACGUGAGGCCAACCGAGGCGGUGGAGAGAGAGGAUGGCAAAAUAUAUCUUGGAUCCGUGGAAUUAUCGUACGUCAGUGUUGUUAGUACGUAG